AUGAUGUUUUUCAUCAUUACUAUUCUACCUGCUACCUUACAUGCGGCUAUGGUUCAUCAAAGCCGUAACGGAGGAGAUUCUCAAGGUUUCUUUUUCAAAGUCGGUGGAAGACUUUAUACACGAGAAUCCACUUCUGAGUCAAUUACCGAUGUUUUCGAAACGUCAACCGGAAGAGUUUUUGACAAAGACAGAAAGUCUCAUGCUCAGUAUGCUGAAAACAACUUCAGCAAUGAAUAUGAGGUUUUGAAUAGAACCCUGUUCGAUUUAGCUGAUGAUAAAAAUGUUUCUGAAAUACUUGUGCUGCCCAAGAUGUUCUUUGACGAAAGUAUUUCGAACGAAGAGGCUACCACGGAAGAACCUUUCGCUGUCACGGGCAGUUUGCUUGACGCUUUAGGUUCCGCAGCUCUAACGCAGGAUCAGAUAGCUCCCUCUCGAGCAUCAAGGAGACCUUCAACUUUUCUCGAGAGUCCCUAUUAUGGAGUAACAACAACUGAACACUCAGUAAAACCAACUUCAGCUGAAAAAUUGAUAUCAAGCUCCCAACAGGAAAUACAAACAAAGCGAUCCCAGAAAAUGGGAUUAGCACAAUCGCAGUUUUUGGGUCACAAGUUCAUGCAACUUUAUCCUUCAAAUAUGAACAGGCCGUCUCAUAUAUCUGAGCGACAAGACAAAAACGAAGUCAAACACUCUCAAACAAAAGGUUACUUGGAAGUUUGGGGGACAAAAUAUUAUGAGGACAAUAGAAUUGAUGGUGACAUUCAACUACAGAGCGAUACAGUUGGUGAUGUGCCUGAAAAAAAUCCCUUUGCGAUAGAAACAGAGAUGUUACAAGUCAAAAACGACUUCGAACGUUCAAAUCUUCCAAGUAUAGCCUCCGGUGUGAAGACUUUCACUGAUGUUAAAAGAGAUUCUUAUGGAGAAUCUGUCAAGCACUAUCCGGAAUACUUGAAUAUGAAAUCCGAGAGCAAAAUAUUAGAGAAUGAUGGGAAACAAGUUGAAGAAAGAGUAUCACAAAUUGAGGAUCAGAAGGUUACGGUGACAUUGUCUAACCCACUGCUGUUCGGUCAUGACUAUUUGAUGUACCCUGGUGCUAUUAUCCAACCUGAGAUGGUUACGUAUAAGGACACGCUGAAAGGCUUGAAACAACGGAAAAACAAUAAAGCUAGAGCCUAUGGAUCGCCUGUAGCAAAUCCUUACGACUUUAUCGACCACUCAAUUGCCAAGAAUAAAGAACUACAGCCAUUCACUACGACCGUCUCCAGUGUUCCUCAUCUUAAAGGAGUAUGCGGCCUCGGAACGGCUCCUCUUUUUGUUAGAUCUUCAGAUGUUGAAGAGACUGUGGGCUCUGGGAGAACUGUUGUAAUUCAAUCAAACGAAGACGACUGUGUGUCAGCAUGUCUCACAAAUAAGGUGGAUGAUAGGCUUCCCUUUGAUUGUGUUUCUGCUAGCUAUCGAAAAGAUACUCGCGACUGUCAGCUGACAUCAGGAAUUAGCCGGCAUCUGCUGCGUCCUCAUACUGGAUCUAUUUAUUAUGAGAAGACGUGUGUAGACGCCACGGUAGCAGAAGUCUGCUCUGGGGCAACAGUGAUCAGGAAAGAACAAACAGUUUUAGUUGGUUUUAUCCGUGAAACGUUUGCAACGGAAUCUAUCGAAGAAUGCAUUGCUCUUUGUAUUACUUCCAAAAUAUCUGCAGGGUAUCGAUGUCUAUCAUUUGUAUAUUAUUACGAAGAGAAUCUCAAUUGCAUUUUGAGUGAAGCAUCCGAAGUUACAGCACCCCGAGCAAUGGUCAAGGAAUCUAUGACAGAUGUUGAUUACUUCGGAGUUGACCACUGUUACGGAAUAGCAUACGCAACCGAUGACAAGACUGUGGCGUCAACGAAAAUCCAGAACGCUCAUUACGUAGAAGAUGAUAUACGUGUAGGAGAAAUCACAGCAGGAUCGUUGGUUCGUCCAUUACGAAAAAUGCGAAGUCAUUAA